AUGUUAUCAGCAAAAGGAAGGACAUACUCGCCGUGCAAAACCAUGGUAUCAUCCAUAAGCACUUUCCUUUUGGGAGCUCUAGAACGAAGAACGGAACGACCACGCUUCAUUGAGGUCACCUCAGUGAGUGGAGUAAAACUACGCUUUCUGCCUGCAGCGCUCUUGCUCCCGGCAUCACCUCCAUCGAACCCCACAAAUUCACUCUUGCAUGUGCGCUUGAUCGACAAACCUGACUCCAUUGUGUUUUCCCCUUCACAGAUUACAAAGGAAGGAGCAUUGGACUUUGCACCAGCAUCAGUUGAGAUGCUAUCCCCAGGCUUUGUGACAUCAGGAUUUUCCACGACAGAAUUUUGGGCCCCCCUCGAUAAGAUUCCUAGAUCCAUCACUGAGUCCUUCGACUAA